AUGUCCAGUCUACACCUACCUACAUUUCUGCAUCCUUAUUUCAUAGCUGUUCUCAGAUGCAGAGGAAAAUUGAGGAAGUUGCAGGAUGGAGAUGAUGUGAUGGAGUUCAAAGAUGACACUAUGGAGUUCAGAGACAAUGCUAUGAAGCUUGACAGCAAGAUAUUCUCCCAUUGCCAAGGUUGCACUACUACAGCAACAAGUGUAAUGGCCAUCAAGAAACUAUUGGUCCUGCAGUCAGCCAAGAAGGCUAGAUCAGAGCCAGCUACUACCCAAACUUUGACGAUAAUGACAAAGGUACCAUGCCCAGCCAAAAAGGUCAAAUCAGAGCUCACUUCCAAAACCUUGACAAUAGCAGCUGUUCCUGCUGUGCAAGAGUCCAUGCUGGCAGACAUGGCAAUCAAACCUGUAGCAGGCAAUGUCAAUUGGACAAUUGGGGCUGCCGAUUUGCUGUGUGCCAUGCAGGCCAUAUGCAACACAAUGUAUCCUGGAGUCAAGUACAAUAUUCAACCCAGGGGCCCUAUCAUGGGUGUGCGCUCAUGUACUUGGUGCAGCAACUUUGGUUUUACUGCUAUUGCACUGAUCACUAAUUUUUGGGCAUCCUUAAGGGAAAACCCAAAUACCUGCAAGGCCUCUGAGAUUUACCGCUCUGUGUUCAUGUUGCAAAUGAUUGCAAUGACACAUCUUAACACAGUUGCAGGCUUCAUUGAUGACGGAUGUGUGAUUGGCACUUGUGCUGUUGCUCUCAAACAUGCUUUGAAAUCAGUCACAGAAAAGGAGAAGAAGAGCACCGAUCUCAAAACCCCCCUCAAGAUCAAUAAAUCUACCAGCAAGGAAAGCAGCACUCCACUGGCCUUUUCCAAGUUGAACUGGGGUCAAUUCAUGACAGAUUACCACUUGUCCAUUGUAAAGCACGGCCCGAAAUAUAUGACAGAUACAAUUGCAAUGGCCUAUCAAUUUGUUAAGAAUUUGGGUUCAGAUGCUAGUACCAAAGGUUCUCUUGCUGACAACAGUGUUGCAUCUUCCAGGGGUGAGCAGGCACUACUCUCAUUCAUAAAAAUAAGUCGGAAAAGGUCGCGAAAAGCUCAGAAUGAAUAG